CCAUGAGCGGCUCCCAGUCGCUCCUGUGGGCUGUGGAUAUUUUUGGAAGAGUGUACACCUUAUCCACCACCGGCCAGUACUGGGAGCUGUGCAAGGAUGGAGAACUGGAAGUGAAGCGAGUUUCGGCCGUCAAACAAUGCUGUUGGGGGCUCGCUUGCGAUCAUCAGAUCUACGUUUACGUCCACUCCAGCGACGUCCCCAUCCGAUUCAAAGAGGAAACCUAUGAGAAUCAGCGCUGGAACCCGGUGGUGGGUUUUUGCAACAGUCUGCUGCCCAGCGACCGCUGGCCAUGGAGUGACGUGAGUGGGCUGAAGCACCAGCAGCUGGAAAGCUUUGCGCUGCCCUCUCCUCACUGGGAGUGGGAGUCUGACUGGUACGUGGAUGAAAAUUUUGGAGGGGAAGCCACAGAGAAAGGGGGCUGGACUUACGCCAUUGACUUCCCGGCUACGUACACCAAGGACAAGCGAUGGAAUUCCUGUGUCCGACGAAGAAGGUGGAUUCGGUACAGAAGGUACAAAGCACGGGACACCUGGGCAAAGAUUCCACCCCAUCAAGACCUAAAGCAGUUACCCGAUCCUUUUAAUGACAUCUCCGUGGGAGGCUGGGAGAUCACCGAUGAACCUCUGGGCCGACUCUCGGUCUGGACGGUCACUCUACAAGGCAAAAUCUGGUAUCGGAACGAUGUCACUCAUCACAAUCCUGAAGGAUCUUCCUGGACCUUAAUCCCUGCUCCGGGCGAAGCCAUACAGAUCAGCUGUGGACCGUACGAUCUCCUCUGGGCCACCUGCUGGGAAGGGCAGGCGAUCGUGAGAGAAGGGAUCGACCGAAACAACCCGCAGGGAACGUCGUGGACAAUUGUGGACCCACCGGUUGCCGAGAAUGGGAUCUCCCACGUGUCUGUCGGGGUGAAUGUGGUCUGGGCGGUCACGAAAGACAGAAAAGUCUGGUUCAGGCGUGGCGUGAACUCCUACAAUCCUUGUGGCACCAGCUGGAUCGAGAUGAUUGGUGAAAUGCAGAUGGUGGACGUGGGCUUAAAUGACCAGGUGAGUCUCUUGGGAAAAACUUGGUUGAGUCCAUUGGGUGGAAAGAGAGAAAAGAACAGUAGAGAUUACAAGUCAGGGGAUGGGGAGAGAUAA